AUGUGGUCCUUACAAUCAUUUGCUUUGAUUUUAAUAUUUGUAUUUCUUGUAUUUGAUGUUUGUAGCAAUCCCUUGAAGAUCAUUACUGUUAGUCAAUCAGGCAAUGCAGAUUUCAAAACAAUUCAAAGUGCCAUUGAUUCUGUCCCUGCAGGAAACUCUCAAUGGAUUCACAUUCAAAUAUCCUCUGGUGUUUACAAAGAGCAAGUCUUAAUUCCAAAGAACAAAUCAUGCAUUUAUUUUGAAGGAGCUGGUAGUGAUUCCACAAGUAUAGAAUGGGGCUCUCAUGAAAAAGCUACUUUCGAUAUAAAAGGAACCAAUACUGUUGCAAAGGGCAUAACUUUUACGAACACACUGAACAGCCCAGUAUUAUUAAGCGUCAUACAAGCCAUAGCUGUCAAAAUCCAUGCAGAUAAAUGUGCUUUCUAUAGUUGUUCUUUUCUUGGAGUGCAAGAUACCAUAAACGAUGACGAUGGUCGCCAUUACUACAAUAAUUGUUACAUCCAAGGUGCAACCGAUUUCAUAUAUGGAAAUGGUCAAUCACUCUUUGAGGCAAGUACAAUAUAUUUUUCAAAUGGAAAAUCUGGUCAAUAUAUGGAUGGAGUUAUUACAGCACAAUUUAGAAAUUCGCCGAAUGAUCCAAGUGGGUUUGUGUUUAAAAAUUGUAACAUAAGUGGAACAGGAUAUAAGACUGAACUUGGAAGGGCUAUGGGAGCUUAUGCAAGAGUGAUCAUAGCAAAUUCUUAUCUAUCAGAUGUUGUUAGACCUGAGGGUUGGAGUCAGAGAAGAUAUGUUGGCCAAGAAGAAAACCUUACUUUUGUGGAGGAGGGAUGCACAGGACCUGGAGCAGAUAAAUCGAAACGCGUGGAAUGGAUGAAGCACUUGAGUGGGGAUGAACUUGAUAAAUUCUUGAGUCUCUCUUUUAUUGAUCAAGAAGGAUGGAUUUCCAAAUUGCCACCUAUCAUAUUGCAUUAGAUGCUUGAUACUUUGAGUGAAAAAAACAUUUAGUUUGAUGUAUUAGCAGGAUGAUCAGUUCAAGUUAAAUGCUUAAGAGAGUUACUGUUAUAAUUAAUAAUAGUUAAUGAUCAUAUGUGUUUCUAAAU